AUGGAGGUUGGGAAUGAUUCCUUAGUGACUGAAUUCAUUCUUGCUGGAUUAACAGAUCGUCCAGAGCUCCAACAACCCCUCUUUUGCCUGUUUCUGAUGAUCUACAUUUUCACAAUGGUGGGCAACCUUGGCUUGAUCACUCUUAUUGGUCUGAAUUCUCACCUCCACACCCCCAUGUACUAUUUCCUCUUCAACCUCUCCUUCAUUGAUCUCUGUUAUUCUUCUGUUUUCACUCCCAAAAUGCUGAUGAACUUUGUAUCAAAGAAGAAUACCAUCUCCUAUGCUGGGUGCAUGACUCAGCUGUUUUUCUUUCUCUUUUUUGUCAUCUCUGAAUGCUAUAUGUUGACCUCAAUGGCCUAUGAUCGCUAUGUGGCCAUCUGUAAUCCAUUGCUGUAUAAGGUCACUAUGUCCCAUCAUGCCUGUUCUGUGCUCACUUUUGCUGCUUACCUACUGGGAUUUGCUGGAGCCACUGCCCACACAGGGUGCAUGCUUAGACUAAACUUCUGCAAUGCUAAUGUCAUCAACCAUUACUUGUGCGACAUACUCCCCCUGCUCCAACUUUCUUGUACCAGCACCUAUGUCAAUGAGGUAGUAGUUCUCGUUGUUGUGGGUAUUAAUAUCACAGCACCCAGUUUUACUAUUCUAAUUUCUUACAUUUUUAUCCUCACUAGCAUUCUUCAUAUCAAAUCUGCCCAAGGAAGAUCAAAAGCCUUCAGUACUUGCAGCUCUCACAUCAUUGCUCUUUUCCUCUUUUUUGGGUCAGCAGCAUUCAUGUACCUUACAUAUUCUCCUGGAUCUAUGGACCAGGGAAAAGUUUCUUCUGUUUUCUAUACUAACGUAGGGCCCAUGCUCAAUCCCUUCAUCUAUAGUUUGAGGAAUAAGGAUGUCAAAACUGCGUUGAGGAAAACCUUGAUUAAAUUCAGACGGGAAACGUUCUAA